GGGCGACUUGGGAGUUUCCGAAUACGUGACUUCUACGGGGCAUACAACCAACACCUCGACAUACUAACAGGAUAUGCGCCCCUGACUCAAGUGUUUACCCGCAAGCAUUUUUCAAAUUUGACUGCCCCGCCCUUAAGAUCUUUCAUGUCGAACGUAACGUAGCUUGCUGUGUCAACCCCCAGUGGCUGAAAGACAACUUGACGUGUUCAGUUCGUGACGACUUCAUGCAAACUCGACCGCGGAGAUGGGGCGUCGGUUUGCAUGUUACGUGCAAUACCACGACGAAUACCUUGCCUCACUCUCGACGGCCUGUAUAUGACACGAAGUACCAUCAUUACCAUGCAAAGCAGCAUGAAAAUUGGGGCAGACAAAGUGAUCCUGCGCAGGUGCAUCGAAGGCUUGGCUGUGAUCGACGACAACUGCCAGACCAUUGUUCUUCAUCGUUGCGAUUCUGUCGAGGACCUUUGUGGCAUACCGUUACCUCCCUCGAAUUCAAUGGAGUUCGAUGAGUGCGCCAGCAACGAUUCGCAUAUCAUGUCGUCCACGUGCAAGUGGAAUGGUGAUACAGUGACCAUCAUGAACAGCGACUCUUCGUGCAUAAAGGUCAUCUUGGUCUUCAUCGGCGCACCAUUAAACGGCCAUGUAUUUUGCCGGUGGCCCCGUGUCACCACACUUAAGCUCACAGCCAAGGGUGACUUCGUCAUGAAGUUCCCGGUCGGAAUGUUGAAGGCGAUAAUCAGCAGCCGGAGAGAGGUUGCGGGGCAGGAGAACCUGGAGAAGGACGACAACGGCAUGGACUCCGAAAGUUUCCAUCCGAUCAAGGUGCUUCAUGUGCAUGGGGGACCAGCUCUGUCGCGCAAGGAGAGUACGUGGUUCGAGGAACACGUUAGGGACUUCGUGUAG